AUGACAGAUUCCAAUACAAUCAUCCACAUACGAGAACUCAAUCAAACCACAAUGACUCAGCAAAAGCAAGAGCAGCAAAAACAACAACAGCCGCAACAAACCCGCCAACCACGCUGGCUCCUCCUAGCCAUCGCCAGCGGCGCCUUUGCAGCCAUGAACGGGUUAUUCGCCAAAUUGACAACAGACACACUGACUGGCACAUUGACGAAAUUCUUAAAUACCAAUGACAAUCCCACGCUGGAAUUGGUUAUUCGGGGUGCCUUCCUUGCCUUAAACAUGCUCAGCAACAUAAUAAUGUGGGCGUUCUUCACGCGCGCCCUCACUGCAUCACCCUCCACAACCAAAGUCUCCAUUACCAACACGUCGGCGAAUUUCCUGGUUACGGCGUUGCUGGGGAUGCUUGUUUUUAAGGAACAGGUUGGUGGGCUGUGGUGGGUUGGGGCAGGGAUGAUGGGGGGUGGGUGUAUUCUUGUGGGUAUGAGGGAUGCUUAG